AAUAUAACGUCAAACGUCACAACAUUCAAUUAUGUAAAAAGUGGAGAAAUAAAUGUUUUCUAUUUGUUAGCCAAAAAUUUGGUCGAUGUUCUCGAUCGGUUUCAAUUAAACUAAAUGAUUAUUCGGAAGAGCAAUACACUGAAACAAAUUUUGGAUCGAUGGCCCGGUAAACGAACGUUCGGUAUCUAUCGGUUUUUGCCUAUCUUCUUUGGACUUGGAGCGGCUUUGGAAUUUUCGAUGAUCCAUUGGCGUGUUGGAGAAACUAAUUUCUAUAACACAUUCAAAAAACGGCAGGCGAAAGAAAUCGUGGAAGAAAAACUACGAUUGCAUCAGCUAGAACCGAUUUCACCGAAGUAGAUAGUGUGCAAGAGACGGUGAAAUUAGCGAUUAGCAAACCGUAAGCGUAAUCAUGC